AAGUGACUCUUGUUUCCCGUGCGAUAAAAAAAAUUUUAAAUAGCAACACCAACCACUCAGUAAAAGAUUUAAAUUGUUUAAAGCAACUCUUGUUCCAUGUAAGGAUCUAAAAUUAAUCCUAAUUUUCAAUCACCAAAGGGUAAUAAGCUAAUAUAUUUCUAUAUCGCUACUUUUCUACUUUGUCCACUUAAGGAUAUAAAUUAAGUAUAAAUUAUGAAUCGAGCUCUUAAAGACUUGAAAUCAGUUUCUAGGGAAAGAGUCCGAAAACCAAUACUGAAGGUAAUUGAUUUACCAAUUCAUAAAAAAUUCAAAAUAAUAAAAGCUAUUAGGGUGAAGACAAAGUUUGGAGAGAAGGUGAUGAUAGAACUAGAUGAUAGUGUUCUUUUUCUUCCGCAUUCCUACAACGCUUUAGAGGAUUCAACUAUUGAUGCGUUAAAUAGUAAUACAUUUUAUAUAGAACUAGUUAAACCUUGUGAAAAAUUUAUUUCCCCAUCAUUUGAAUUUCAUACAGAAUAAAAAAAUUAAAAUGUAUCCGUGUAGUUUUUGUGAAAAGAGUUAUACUCACAAAAGGAGUUUAGAAAAGCAUAUUACAAUAAAACAUCAAGAAUCAAAAAAAGAAAAAACUUUUUGUGAGCAAUGUAAAAUUCAAGUAAAAGAAAAUUUAUGGGUAGCACAUGUGAGAACAAACAUGCAUAAAAAGAAUUGUAUGUUUAGUGUAAAUAGUAAUAAUAAUAAUAUUAAAUGUAUUAAUAGUAUGUUUACUAAUCGUAUUGAAACAUACGUUAUAGAAAACAAUCAACCCAAUGAUUUAAUUGUUGAAAAUUUUUUUGAAAAACAUCUAAAUGAAUUAUCUGAGCUUUUACAGAAAUCUAUAGAAAAGCAUGAAAGCAUCAAAUUUAACUUUGAACUAUUUUGUAAAUAUAUUCAAAUAAAAGAAAAUAUUGAAGAAUUUGCUAUAAUGUCACAUCAAACUGUAAUGACUGAAGCAUUUAUGGAGAACAAUAAUGUUAUUGAUAUAAUUAAAGAAAAAUUUGCUAAAUUGAUUGAAAAAAUUAACACAUUUCAAGAACGAGAUAGUGGUUGGAGUCUAAGUGAAAUUAUUCAUCUAGAAGUAAACAUAAAUAAAUAUCAACCAAUUAGAGGAUCGUUAUAUAUACCACUACCAAAAAUAAUUGCAGAUAAAAAAGCAUGUAUAAAUAUUGUUAACAAUGAUGUAUAUUGUUUUAAGUGGGCCAUAGUUUCAUCUCUUUACCAACCCUCAAUAAAUAGACAAAGGUGUUCUUCAUAUAACAUAAGAAAUAUUCAAGAUUCCAUUAUAACUUUAAAUAAUGGUAAAGUAGUAAAUUUUAAAAAUUUAAAUUUUCCAUUACAAAUAAAGGAUAUUAAAAUAUUUGAAGCAAAUAAUCCAAAUAUUAGUGUAAAUGUGUUUGGUAUAGAAGACAAUUUGUUAGUAGGACCCUUUUAUUUAACGAAAGAAGAAAAAUCACAUCAUGUUAAUCUUAUUUCUUUAUAUAGUGAUGAUUUCAAUGAAAGUCAUUAUGUUUGGAUACAAAAUUUAAGUAGAUUACUUAGUUCUCAAGUUACAAGAAAUAUGCAUAAAUUAUAUUUUUGUAAUUCAUGUCUAAUACAUUUUUAUGAGGAAGAAAAAUUAGCUAUCCAUAAAAUGCAUUGUAGAAAAAUUGUGACACGGAUGCCUUCACCUGAAAAAAAAAUAUUAAAAUUUGAAAAUUUCAAAAAACAAAUAGAUGUACCAUUUACUAUAUAUGCAGAUUUCGAAUGUAUUUUAAAACCAAUAGAUAUUCAAAAUUCUAGUAGGACUCAAUGUGUGCAAGAGCAUAUUCCUUAUGCCUAUUGUUAUUUUAUUAAGUGCUCAUAUAAUAAUCAUCUUAAUCGUUUCAAAAUAUAUAGCGGUGUUGAUGCUUCAAAACAUUUUUUUAAAAAUAUUUUCGAUGACGUUAUCGAUAUUUAUCACCAGUUUUUGAAUAAAAUAGUUGGAAUGCAUCCAUUAACUGUCGACCAACUUAGACGUCAAAGAGAGGAUAUAGUUUGUCAUAUUUGUGGAAUGGAACUUUUAUUAAGUGAUAGGGUAGCAGACCAUUGUCAUUUAACUGGUGAAUAUAGAGGUCCGGCACAUAAAAAAUGUAAUUUGGAAUAUCAGAUAGCAAAUUUUAUUCCAAUAUUUUUUCAUAAUUUAUCGAAAUAUGAUUGCCAUCUAUUUAUUAAAGAAUUGUCAUCUGUUAAGGGAGAUAUAAAUAUUAUCCCCUUAAACAAAGAGUUGUACAUUUCGAUAUCAAAGAGAAUAUAUAUUAAUGAUAAAGAUACAAUUGAACUUAGGUUUUUAGAUUCUUUCCGAUUCAUGCCUUCUAGUUUAGACAGUUUAGCUAAGAAUUUAAAUAAUAAUGAUUUAGAAAUUACAAAGACUUUUUUCCCUAACGAUCACCAUUUUGAUUUAAUGAAACGUAAAGGUAUUUUCCCAUAUGACUACUUAGAUUCAGAAACAUGUCUCAACGAAACACAAUUACCUGCUCGUUCACAUUUCUUUAAUAAAUUAUCAAAUGAAUCAUGUAGUAUCGAAGAUUAUCAAUAUGCUCAAAAUGUUUGGACAACAUUCAAUUGUUCCAAUUUAUUAGAUUAUUUAUUAUUAUAUCUAAAAGUAGAUGUGCUACUCCUCAGUGACAUUUUUGAAAAUUUUAGAAAAUUAUGUAAAGGAAUUUAUCGACUAGAUCCAUGCCAAUAUUAUACAUCUCCAGGAUUAUCUUGGGAUGCAAUGCUCAAAAUAACUAGAACAGAAUUAGAAUUGUUUACUGAUGAAAACAUGCAUAAUUUUAUUUUGUCCGGUAUUAGGGGAGGUAUUGUUCAAUGUUGUAAACGGCAUUCAGUAGCUAACAAUAAAUAUUUAAGUGAUUACAAUGCGACUAAGCCUUCAAAUUUUAUAAUUUAUUUAGAUGUUAAUAAUUUAUAUGGUUAUGCUAUGUCACACAAUCUUCCCCAUAGCAAUUUUGAAUGGGUUGAAAACGUAGAUGAUUUUAAUGUUUUUAGUAUACCAGAAGAUUCUUUAGUUGGCUACAUAUUAGAAGUAGAUUUAGAUUAUCCUAUAACCACUCACAAUAUUCAUAAUGACUUCCCAUUGUGUUUCGAAAAUAAAAAAAUUGGAUCAAUGAAAAAUUCAAAGUUGAUUGGUGAUUUGGGAAACAAGGACUAUCAGAAUGACUCCAAAUGA